UAUCGUGCCGGAUUUUAAAACAAACUUUGCCAACCAGACAAUGGCGAAGGAAACGACGGGCGAAGAAGAAACUUCUCCCGCAGUUGCGGCCGAUACGGCGACGAUGGUGUCUCUGGACAUUCCGUCGGCACUCUCGCAGGACGAAUGGGACGAUUUGGUGGCAUCCAUUCGACAAGGUAGCGAGUACACACUGGAGGAUUGCCAACUGGAACUACUAGAAGCAGCACGUUACGACGACAUUGACGUUGUCAAGGCAAUUCUUCUAGUGUAUCCCGAACUGAUCUUUUUUCGUGACGCGAGCCAUCAAAAUACGGCGCUGCACAUGGCGGCGGCCAAUGGUCACACCCACAUUGCACAACUGUUACUUCACGUCUACGGUAAUCUCGCUACAAGCACUUCAAAUAUUAACGUUCCCAACGAUUCGGGAAAUACUCCAUUGCACUGGGCCGCCAUGAACGGACACACCAAGGUGGUCAAUCUACUCCUGCAAGCGCCAUCUGCCUCGACGACCACGACACCUACACAACCGAUUGUUGAUGUGUUGCAAAAGAAUGCCUUUGGCCGUUCCGCAUUGACCGAAGGGUUUACCAGUCAAAACUCUGACACAGUAGAAGCCUUGUUGGCCCAUGAAUCAGCAUCAGAAGAACGCCUCAUGCAAACCAGCUCCAACGCUAACAAUGGAAAAUACAAUGCCGAGGGGACGAAUGCGACCGAAUCUUCGUCCGUAACGCACGACUUUAUUUUUCGGGUACCUAGUAGCGAAAGUCUCAACAGUGCAAAAACAGUCAUCAAGGUCCGUGAGCUAGCCAUGGCGAGAACGGAAGACGAUACGAUUUUGUGCAAUAGCAGUGGCGAGGACAACACGAUGAAUCCCGAACACGAUACGACCGGAUUGGGAGUUUGGGCCGCAUCGCUCGUCACGGCCUCGUGGAUGGCGCAACAACAACGCUUGGAACCACAGUUGUUUGCCAGCAAGGUUGUGCUGGAGCUGGGUGCGGGAUGUGGUGUUCCUGGCCUCGUAUUGGCUGCCGCUGCUUCCCACACCGCCGGUACACCACUAGGGGACGAAGAACCAUACCCAGCACAGAUCGAAGGAACAUUGGCAAAUGGUCAAAUGCUUACGCGUCCUUCCAAAAUUUACUUGACGGAUUUCAACGGCACGACAAUUGACAACAUGCAGUACAAUUUGGAAUUGAAUAGUUUCUCUAAACAGCGAAGCGAUGCCGACUGGAUUGAAUCCCGUCACAUGAAUUGGCAGGACCCCACUACCUGGCCAGACGAGAGGAUCGACUGCUUGAUUGGGUCGGAUUUGAUCUACCAAAGAGAAAUGGUCCCGCUACUGGCCCAAACCAUUCGAGGGUUGUUGACCAAACCCAAUGGCUUCGGAAGAGCUACUGGCCAAUCCCCUCGCAUCGCAAGAUGA